UAUAUACAUAGUUUCAUGUCACUAAUAGAUAUGAAUAUAGCAAGAUUACAACGUUGAAAAUUUUACUCCGAGUUAUUUUAAUAGUUUCGGCCUGGCUGCGAUUUGGCUACCGCGCGCCCUGAGUGCUUCCCGUCAACCUGAAACAAGCCAACAUGGAUUAAAGUGUUAACUCUGCUCAUAUGUGCCAACAAAAAUGAAUAUAGAAAUCACUUUGUAACUUCAAGACCAAGGACCUUCUGACCAAGGCUUAAAGGCCUGAUCAAAAGCUUUUUAGCUCUAGCCUACGGAAGUGAAAAAACCCAAGUAUGCAAGUUGAAAUAAACGCGUUCGAGGAAGUGACUCGGGCGAAAAUGGACGGUCUACAACCUAAUGGCAUUGGAGAUGAGCUUCCGCCGUCGAAACGCUACAAGCCUGGAUCCACAGCGCCAUAUAUUAGCAGUAACCUAACCCACCUACCAGCUAGGGCAGCAGCUACGCAGGCAGCCGCGCGCAUCAGGGAGGCUGCACGGCGGGCCCAGCGGCAACAUCAUCAGUCAACCCCAACCGGCUCUGCCAGGCUUGUGGCCAUGAACCAGCAGGAAACCGGCGGCAUCGAGCCAUGGCAAGAUGCUGAUGGCACCGCACGGACCAACCAAGCGGCGCCCACUGCAGCCCUGCUGGCCGUGAAUCCCGAGGUGCUGUCGCGGCUGAGCUGCAGCUGGAGCCCGCAGCAGGCGGCGCAGCUGCUCAGGUUGGCCGCGGAGAAAGUCGACCCGCUCCAUCCGCACAUUGCCUACGGUCAGGUCAACCAGCACUUCCUGUCAGGAGCACGUCUGCUGGCGCUCCUGACCUCCACCUCCGCCUCCCCUGCCCCGCUGCCCGCCCACCUCGACCUACCCCGCCUGCUGUGCCCCGCGCCCGCUGAGCUGCUGCUGCUGCGGGGCAGGAGCCACUGCCGCCAGCAGCAGCACCAGCCGCUGGCGGCAGGGGAGGUCGAGACCGCCGCCGCCGGCACCGGCAGUGCAGGUCCCGGUGGUGGGGAGACCCAAGGGCAGCCGGGGCAGGGGCCCUGGCUUGUGGUGCAUGUGCGUGCGGCUGGAGGUGGAGGUGGAGG